AUGGAGAAAAAUCAGACGUCGUUGAUACUCACAGUCUCACACAACCGUAUCGAUCAUUCUUCUAACCUUAAAAAGAAGACAUUAUCCAAUAAUGAGAUUCUAAGAACUGUUUGGGUCUCGGAUAAGCGAGCCUGCUUUGUUGUAGGCCAUAGCUGGUUCUGUGACACGGCUAGGCGAAAACCAUCAAAUUUCGAGUCUCAAAAUCGUCUUCAGCCACUUCUGUUGGCUUUGUUAAUCGAGCAACGAUAUGUUGGUAAAGGAGUUCUCCAUAUUCUUUCCGAGUUAAGCUAUCUACCACGAAAAGAAUUUAACGAAAUUAACACGAACAAGUGA